AAAUAGUUGUUUUCGUAUAAUUGUAGUUGUAAAAUUGUUAUUCUAACUUUCAGAAGUGACUAAAAGGUGACUUCUAGGCGAUAGGGGAUACAAUUAUCGUCCAAAUUUUUGCAGUACAUUAAUACUAAUUAAACAAUCUACCAACCGUUUAUUGGUACAAACACAACACACAUUUUUAUAAAUAUGUAUUUGCGAAAACAAAGUACUUAAAAAGAGUUUAUUCUCUUCCAAAGCUAAUCAAAAAGAGAACCUUUCUAAAAGAGAAAUCCCCUCUCAAAGUUCUUAUCUGCAACUAAAAACAUAGAACUCAGCCUAUAAAAGCGCUGUUCUGCUGAGACAAUUGUUCAUUAAGUUUGUACACUGAAUAGUAGAAGAUGUCGGGAUCUCUGCCAGCCACUUUCGUCAAGGGUUUCCACGAUGAGGAGAAGGUGCGUCAAAUGGAGUACCGACCACUGGGAUCCACGGGUCUGCAAGUUUCCAAAAUCACCCUUGGCGGUGCCACCCUUUCCAACCUCUUCUUCAAAGGGUUUGAUCGGGAGGAGGGAAUUCGCACGGUGCACGAGGCGAUUAAGUCCGGUAUCAACUAUAUAGACACAGCUCCCUUCUACGGGGACUCGGAGGAGCUACUCGGCCUGGCGCUAAAGGAUGUGCCUCGCGAGGCCUACUAUAUAGCCACCAAAGUGGCGCGCUACGAGUUGGAUCCCGAGAAGAUGUUUAACUAUACGGCAGCGAAAACUCGGGAAAGUGUAAAACGGAGUCUCAACCUGCUGGGAUUGGACAGGGUGGAUGUACUGCAGGUUCACGAUGUGGACGCCGCACCCAGUCUGGAUAUGGUGCUGAACGAGACUAUUCCGGUUUUGGAGGAGUACGUUCGAGCAGGAAAGGCCAGGUUCAUCGGAAUCACCGCCUACGAUGUGGACGUUCUGAAGGAGUGUGCCGAGCGAGCGAAGGGACGCGUCCAGACAGUGCUCAACUACUCCAGAUACACCCUCUUGGACAACACACUGCUGCGCUACAUGAAACCCUUCCAGGAACUGGGCGUUGGAGUAAUCUGCGCCUCCGCCCACGCGCUGGGACUCCUAACCAAUGCUGGACCAACACCUACCCAUCCUGGCAGUCCGGAACUCCUGGCCGUUGGCAAACAGGCAGCCGAGAUCUGCAAACAAAGGAACGUGGAGCUGGGCAAGCUGGCCAUGUACUACACCAUGCAGCUCGAUGGUGCGGCCACCUUCCUCAUCGGCAUCCCGAAUCGAAAGCAGCUGCGGAUCAACUUGGAUGCAGUCAUCGAUGGCUUGACUCCCCACGAGCAGGAAGUGCUGCAGUACCUGCGCGAAAACGUUUUUACCAAAUCCUAUAGCUGGGGCUCCACUUUGUCCGCAAUUAACAAUUUUAUGUGAACGGUCAACCAAAUGAUAAGAAGGGAACACAGGGACUGCGGAAAACGUGAAGAACGGAUUUAAAAUUAAUUUAAUAAAAUACAUAUUAUUAAAAUCAAGAUUUGAAAAAAUUAAAGUUAAGAAAUAAAUAAGCAAUUUAAUAGACAAUGUAAA